AGGCCGCCUGCUGCUCCACGCCGCCCAGCGCUGCCCACCCGCCCCGUGCCGGCUGUCACUGGCUGCCUCUGUCCCCUUCUGCCUGUGAUGCCCCACCGCUGCCCCAGGCUGCCCACUCCUCCCUGCACUGCUCACCUCCCCGCACUUCGUCCCCUGCCCCUUGCUAUUCUCCUUUGCCAUGGGCCGCCUGCCUCUGCCGUGGGCUGCUGUCCUACAAGGGCCCUGCUUCCUGCAGUCCUGUGGUGCCCAUCCCUGCUGAGGACCCCGCCCCAUGACCAGCCCACACUAGGCCACCCCUGGGCAAGGUCCCCAGUGAGGGCUGGAAUGGGCCUGAUGGGUACAGCCUGGCAGGUCUGCACCCUGUUGCCCCUGCCUGCUUUGGCCCACUCACAACCAUGUCCUCUCAGCCUACCCACCAUGGCCGGGAAGGAGAUGCACCCAGCACGGGCCUCACACCAGCAGGACAGAAAAGCCCGAGGUGGCUGGAUCUGGGAGGACACACAGUACCCGCCCAAGAGGCUCAGGGGCAGUGAGGAGGAGGAGCGGCCGAGAAAACUGCCCAAGCGCAAGAUUGUACUGCUCAUGGCCUACUCAGGGAAGGGCUACCACGGCAUGCAGAGGAAUGUGGGGUCCUCACAGUUCAAGACAAUCGAGGACGACCUGGUAUCUGCCCUGGUCCAGGCAGGCUGCAUUCCUGAGAAUCACGGGGAAGAUAUGAGGAAAAUGUCUUUCCAGCGUUGUGCCCGCACUGACAAGGGUGUGUCUGCAGCUGGCCAGGUAGUGUCCCUGAAGGUGUGGCUGAUUGAUGACAUUCUAGACAAGAUCAACAGCCACCUUCCCUCCCACAUCAGGAUUUUGGGGCUGAAGAGGGUCACAGGUGGGUUCAACUCCAAGAACAAGUGUGAUGCCAGGACCUACCUGUACAUGCUGCCCACCUUUGCCUUUGCCCACAAGGACCGCGAUGUGCAGGACGAGACCUACCGCCUGAGCCCAGAGACCCUGCGGCUCGUCAAUAGACUCCUGUCCUGCUACAAGGGCACCCACAGCUUCCACAACUUCACCUCGCAGAAGGGGCCACGGGAGCCCAGUGCCCGGCGCUACAUCCUGGACAUGUACUGCGAGGAGCCAUUCCUGCGCGAGGGCCUGGAGUUCGCCGUCAUCAAGGUGAAGGGCCAGAGCUUCAUGAUGCACCAGAUUCGGAAGAUGGUGGGCCUGGUGGUGGCCAUCGUGAAGGGCUACGCCCCGGAGAGCGUGCUGGAGCGUAGCUGGGGGGAGGAGAAGGUGGAUGUGCCCAAAGCGCCAGGGCUUGGCCUGGUCCUGGAGAGGGUGCACUUUGAGAAGUACAACCAGCGCUUUGGCGGUGAUGGGCUGCACGAGCCCUUGGACUGGGCACAGGAGGAGGGGAAGGUGGCGGCCUUCAAGGAGCAGCAUAUCUACCCCACCAUCGUCAGCACUGAGCGGGACGAGCGGUCCAUGGCCCAGUGGCUGAGCACCCUGCCCGUCCAUGAUUUCAGUGCCACUGCGCUUUCGGCGGCCCAGACAGGCACCAAGGUCCCCAGUCCCCUGGAUGGCAGCGAAGGGGACGGGGGUGGAGACACUGACUGAGGCUAUGGGGCUGGAGGUAAGAUGGUGCAGCUUGCCUGCUGUGAGCACCGGGAGCCCAGAGCUGCCUCAGGAUGCUGUCUCCAGUCCCCAUCUCAGGAGUGCCGCCUAGCCAGCUCUGCUCCAGCUACCUGUGCACGCCUUGGCACGUGAAGACACUAUUUUUUUAAAGAAGCGAUUUUCUUAUUAAAUAAGUAUGUUUUGCUUAGUGA